CUUUCUAAUAAGAGGACUUGCAUGUUACUCCUCCCUGUCUUCGCUAGCGGUUUUGACAAUCAGGAGAAGUUCUUAAUAUAUAAAUGAACAAAAAAUCCUCACAAAUGAUGGCCGCAGCUUCAGCUGAUUUACUGACCAUUAUUCCAUACAAGGAAGACUUCUGGAGUAACCAAACUAACCUAGCCAUAAAUGCCUCGGAAAUUCAAAAUAAUGCCAGUUGUCCCUUAGAUGAGAACUCACUGUCACUUGCUUUGAUAGUUUUUUACUCCAUUAUUUUUGUUGUUGGAUUGGUUGGAAAUAUUAUAGCCCUGUUUGCUUUCCUGUGCAUUCAUCAGAAAAGGAAUUCUAUCCAAGUUUACCUGCUAAAUGUAGCAGUUGCAGACCUUCUGCUGAUCUUCUGUCUUCCCUUCCGAAUACUCUAUCAUGUUACCAAAAACACCUGGAUGUUUGGACUGAUUUUAUGCAAGAUUGUAGGAACUCUAUUUUAUAUGAACAUGUAUAUUAGCAUAGUACUGUUGGGACUGAUUAGCCUAGAUCGUUAUGUAAAAAUAAAUAAGUCUGUGAAGCAUCCUAAAAUGUUAACUACUACACGAAGUAUACAUAUUUGUUGCGUGGUGUGGGCACUUGCACUAACAGGAUUUAUAACAGUAGUUGCACCAUCUUUCUUUAAGAGUGAGGACAGCAAUUCUACUAUGUGCUUUCAUUACCGAAAUAAACAGAAUGCAAAGACAGAAGCAAUUUUAAAUUAUAUUAUUGUAAUCAUUUUCUGGAUAGUUUUUUUCCUUUUGAUACUUUCGUAUGUUAAAAUUGCCAAGAACCUUCUAAAGAUUUCAAGGAAAAGAGCAAAUUUUCCCAACGCAGGAAAAUACACCCAGACAGCAAGGAAUUCCUUCAUUGUACUCAUUAUUUUCACCAUCUGUUUUGUUCCUUACCAUGUGUUCCGGUUUGUCUACAUUACAUCACAGUUACAAAAUCCAUCUUGUUAUUGGAAGGAAGUAAUUCACAAAUGCAAUGAGGUGAUGCUUAUAUUUUCAUCUUUUAACAGCUGCUUAGACCCAGUUAUGUAUUUCCUAAUGUCCAGAAGUGUCCGUAAGACUGUAUUCCAACUUAUUUGCAGAAGAAUUCAUGGAGAUUCAGGCCUAACUCUGGAAAGCACUUCAGAAAUAAAACUUGGACAAUAUGCACAAGAGCGAUUAUCUACUACCACUCCCCACACAAGUUCUUUGAAGAAGAAGUCUCUGAUUUGA